AUGUCGUUUGGGGUAACCAAUGCACUUCCUGCCUUCAUAAACCUAAAGAAUAUGGUGUUUGAGCCAUUUCUGGAUGAAUUUGUUGUUGUGUUUAUUGAUGACAUAUUGAUUUACUCUAAAAGCAAGGAAGAGCAUGACAUAUUGAGAGAAAAGAAGUUAUAUGAAAAACUCUCUAAAUGUGAAUACUGGUUAGACAGUGUUACAUUUCUAGGGCAUGUGAUUGACAGGGAUGACAUAUCAGUUGACCAACAGAAAAUUGAAGCCAUUGUGAACUGGCUAAGACCAACAAAUGUAUUAGAGGUCAGAAGUUUUCUGGGAUUCACUGGCUAUUACAGAAGAUUUAAAGAGUUGUUGUAUAAUUUGGAAAGAAAUGAAAUUGAAAUUGUGUUGGGUGAACAAGGUGAAGUUUUAGGCGCUAUAUUUACACAACCAGCUAUACUUGAUGAUAUUAAAGAAAAGCAACUGCAAGAUAAGUUCUUGAAGAAGAUUGUUGAAGAAAUUGAUUUAAAACCAAGAAUGAAGAAAUAUGUUGUUGAUUGUGUAGCUAACUGUUUGCACUGCCAACAAGUAAAAGUUGAAUAUCAACAACCUGCUAGACUGCUUCAGCUGCUUCCAAUACUAGAAUGGAAACGAGAGCAUAUCACAAUGGACUUCAUUGUUGGAUUGCCUCACUCCUCUCGAGGUAUGGAUUCUAUCUGGGUCAUUGUUGAUCAGCUAACUAAAUCUAAUCAUUUUCUGCCUGUGAAAACUUUUUAUAAUGUGGACAAAUUGGCUAACAUCUAUGUGAAUGAAAUUGUGAGAUUACAUGGAGUGCCCAUAUCCAUUGUGUCGGAUAGAGAUUCAAAGUUUAUUUCAAGAUUCUAG